AUGAGAACGGCAUUGGUUCAAUAUUAUAUAUUUCUUCUAUGCAAGUCUUCCAACCAAACAAUAAUUGAAUGUGAAAGUGAUAGUGUUGCUUGGAGCAAGUCAAUAAAGCAAGUCAAGCUACAUGCCCGUCGCGCAAUACAAUCGGGUCCGCGUUCAAAGCAUAUAUAUCCAUAUGAAUAUUUAUUUCUGGCCUGGAUAGAGAAUGGAAUUACAGCUGCUCGAACUGUUGUAAUCAUCACUGUUCCUGCAAUUAUCUUCGCAGCACUUGUUGCCCUCACUUGCAGCCUUUUCUAUUACAGGAAGCCUAAGCAAGAAACCAAAGAUUUGGAUGAAAAUAGUAGCACAGAAUGCUCGAAAUUCAAUUUUGAGACUAUCAGACUUGCAACAAAUGACUUCUCUGAUCAUAAUAAGCUUGGACAAGGUGGAUUUGGUACUGUUUACAAGGGUGUUCUUUCGAAUGGACGAGUCGUAGCUGUAAAGAGACUAACAAGAAACUCUAAGCAAGGAGGAGUUGAUUUUAAGAACGAGGUCAUGCUAGUGGCCAGACUUCAACAUAGGAAUUUGGUUAGACUCUUGGGUUUCUGUUCUGAAAGAAAUGAAAGGCUUCUCAUAUAUGAAUAUGUUCCAAAUUCAAGUCUCGACCAUUUCAUAUAUGAUCAAGAUAAGCGUUUACUAAUGGAUUGGAACACGCGCUACAAAAUCAUAGUGGGCAUAGCUCGAGGAAUUCUUUAUCUUCAUGAAGAUUCUCAACUUCGCAUUAUUUAUCGUGAUCUCAAAGUCAGUAAUAUCCUACUAGAUGAAAAAAUGAAUCCUAAAAUUUCAGACUUCGGAACAGCAAGGUUGUUUCCCAUAGAUCAAUCUGAGGAUGCUACAAGUAAAAUUGUGGGAACCUUGUAAGUAUAAGAAUCUAGUUAAAACAUAUUGUUGUAACAACACUUCUAUAUUCCUCCAUCACUUAUCAACUUGCUAUAACAAAUAUUAAAUUUAAUGGUAUUAAUUUUAAUCUUAUUAGAAAUUUGAUAUUAACAAUAUUAAUUAACACCAAAUAUUUGUGUUAAGUGUUGUUAACAACUUUAGUUACAAAGUUUUUAUGUACCAAUUGGUACUUGCUGCUAAUUCCCUUUGACAUUAAAUUCUUAAUUUUUAGCAGCAAUGAUAACUUGCUAUUAAAAUUAAACCCUUAUUUUUUGUAGUAUCAUUAAUAAAUCCUACAAAUAAGAAACAAAGUAAACAAUUUGUUUACAAUCAUGAAGUGUUUACGGUCAUUAUAAAGUAUAA